AUGCAGUCCUCCGGCGGUCCUGGCAGCGCGCCGCCCUUCACCUUCCCGGACCUCGGUCCAGUCGUCCAGGACGCUCAAUUGCGUGGCCCCACGGGGCAGGUCAUCGACUCGUUGGCGCCGGCCUCGGAGGCCUCGGUGGUGCCAACUCCCGCUUUGCCGUCCGCUAGCGGGGCUUCGUCGGACCCUGCGUGUACUCAGCUGGUCCUCAGGUCCUCGCCCGACUCCAGUCCUCUGCACGAGCCUUCGUCAAAUGCUGCACACUUCUGCCGCACGGGGUCCCUCGUCCCGCGUGGCAUGACUGUUCGUGAAGUCGCGACAGCUAUUACGGUCAACCCAGUGCUGGACCCUCGCCGUGCUACGGCUCCGUGGGUGCGUGAAUUCACGAACUUUCACGGGUCUCCUUUCGGUCUGCAGGAGGACGGGCAGCCGGGUGAAGACGAAAUCUCGGAAGCGGAGGAGGUCGAGGAGCUGAUCGAAGAGAUCGAGUCUCCGGUUGCUGAAGAGUCUUCGGAAGAGGUUCAGGACGAAUCUCGCCGCGCCGUGGAUGCUCAAGAAAUUUCGGGCGAAGCUACACAAGCGCUAGGAGCUCAUAAUGCAGCAACAGCAACGCAGGACUCGGUUCAAGAUCGCGUCGCGGCUUCGGAGGCCCCUGUUGAGGAGGCCCCAGCCAGCGAGACUCCGGCUGACGCGCCACGUUCGCCUCCAAGUGCUGCUGAUCAAUCUGCCGCGCAAGCCGAAGUUUCUCCGGCUGCGCGUCUCCGCGAUUUUGGCCAAGGUUGCCUCGUCUUCGGACGCCUAAGCCUCGUUCCAGUUCUCCAUCGUUCCUUCAUGUUUAGGUCGAGCUAG